GGCACCGCUACCGGAAAUCACGUCAUGUAGCUUCCGGUUAAAAUACAAAAUUAUGCAGCGCUGCGGUUGUCAUUCACUUCAGCGUGUGUUUUGCUCUGCUUCUCGUCUCAGCCUGAAAAAAGAGCUAGAUAACAUCAUGUUGACUCCAGGGAAGGACGGGAUGCCCAGCAUGAUAGACAGGGCGCUGAGGAUGCGGAGGGAGGAACAGGCUCGUCAGGUGGUCCUGGCCUGGGCUGUGCUCAACGUGUCUCUAGCUGGCAUGAUUUACACUGAAAUGUCAGGGAAAUUGCUCAGCCGUUACUACAACAUAACCUACUGGCCUAUCUGGUACAUCGAACUGGUGCUAGCCUCUCUAUUUAGCCUGAAUGCCCUUUUUGACUUCUGGAAAUAUUUCAAAUACACAAUGUCUCCCUCCACCAUUGCUGUAUCCCCAGAACAGCAUCAACUUCUGGGUCUGAAAAACACAAGUAUUCAUGCCACUCCGCCCCAAAAGCCAGAAAAAAAGGAGACCCCAGUUCCAGCCCAGUCGUCUCCAUUGCAGGGCCAAAGUGUACUAAGUUUCAGCCCCUCACGGCCGGUCCCCACCAGCCCCAAGUUCUCUCCCAGCUGUGUACCCGGGUACAGUCCUCCGCUCAGCAGCCCAUCCACCCCAAGCAGUGCUGGGGGGCCCUUUUCCCCCUCCGUGGCUUUUGGAAAGGUAUUGAACUACAGUCCCUCCCCUGGCUCCUCUCCCUACCCCAGCAGCAUUGGACCGGCAGAAGGCUCAAGCCUGAGAGCUCGAUAUCGCACAUCCCCCUCAGUGUUUAACUCCCCUGGAAGCAAGGAAGACUGCAUGCAGGAUCUGAAAAGCCUGGAGAGGUUCCUCCGCACAGAGGAGGAGAGGAGUCACCGCAGCCAGCUAGGGAGUCCAGAGUCUGUGUCUCCGAGCCACAGCCCGACAUUUUGGAACUACAACCGCUCCGUGGGAGAUUACGCCCAGAGCCUGAGGAAGUUUCUGUAUCAGCCGGCCUGCCGCUCUCAAGCCCCAUCUGCCCACAAGGAUGAGACGGACCUGGGCUCCAAACAGGCUGCAGAGGAGGUGUGGGCCAGGAUCACUACCAGUCGCCCUGUAGUGGACCGCAUUGAUAGCUGGACAGCCAAGCUUAGAAAUUGGAUCAGUGACACUAUCUUGGUCCCCCUGGUCAAGGAAAUGGACUCUGUCAACAGCCAGCUCAGGAGGAUGGGCCACCCUGAGCUCCAGAUAGGAGAGGCCAGCAUAAGCAGCCUGAAACAGGCAGCAGUGAUGAAAGCCUCAUCCAUCCCCACGAUGAACUCUAUUGUUCAGUAUCUGGACAUCACUCCCAACCAGGAGUAUCUAGUGGACCGUUUAAAGGAGCUGGCCCACAGCGGCUGCAUGAGCUCCUUUCGCUGGAAUGGUGGUGGUGAUGUGAAGAACAGAAAGUGGGACACAGACCUCCCCACUGACUGUGCUAUUCUCAUGCAUAUGUUUUGUACAUACUUGGACUCCAGACUGCCCCCACACCCAAAAUACCCAGAUGGGAAGACUUUCACCUCGCAGCACUUCAGUCACACCCCAGACAAACUUGAUGUUACCAAGGAGAGCCUCUUCUGCAUCCACCAAAGCAGCACCACUCCCCCUCACUACCAGCUCAUCUACCAGGGACAUAUCUACAGUCUACCCAAGGGCAGGAACAACCUGUUCCACACCAUUCUCAUGUUCCUCUAUGUCAUUAAGGCUAAGGAGUCAGGGAUGCUGGGGAGAGUAAAUCUUGGCCUCUCUGGUGUGAACAUCUUGUGGAUAUUCGAAAACUGAUGCGUCGUCAUUUACAAGUGGACCCCUCCCCCAAUCCUGUGUGGCUUCACUGGUUGGAAUUUUGAAAGACAAUAAAUGCAUAUUUUUGGACAUUUUCUCAAUUUUAUUGUACAAAUUGGUAACAUUCUGUUUUGUCAUUUUAAGGACACAUUUAUGUUUCACCACAGUGUGCUUAUGAUACACUGCAGGGCUGUAUUUUUAACAUUGUUUUUUUCAUAUUUUGUAUUUUGAGAAUGUGCCAGCAUCACAGCCUUGUAAAUAAUAUACCUCAGUUUUAUCUGAUGAAAUGUAAAGGGCUCAGACCCAUUUACCAUGAAUGUAAAUACAGUAUGUGUGGACUUGAUUUUUAUCAGCUUCAAUAAUCUGGUGCAACUGGUACAUAUUUAGUUUCUUCCUAUAGUUGAAUGAUUGUCUGCUGUGGUAGGGAUGUUCCUGACAUGCUUGAAGUCAACUACAGAAAUGGGAGUAAUGCACAAAAAGUUCAAGCAUCAAAGUAUUCUGUAGUACUAGGCAGCAAUGCAACACAACUAGUUACAGUGUUUCUGUUGAUUUCUUUUGAUAUGUGAUAUGGCAUCUGCCGUUUGUUAAAUUUCGAACCUACAUGCUGUCUUGUUUUCAACAAAAUCCCAUUUUACAUUUGUACCAAAAGACUAGAAAAUAAAAUUGAGAUAU